AUGGAACAAGGGAGGAGAUCUCCUUGUCAAUUGGACCUACCGGUUCAACCACCUCUAAUCGAUGCCUCCACGUUAUCAUAUCUUUCCCCUCCACCAGGUAUUUUCGUUUCUCUCAUCCACCAGAUUAAGAUUGACCAAGAGAAGGGUAAGAUGGUCAUUUUUAGCAUUCAACACAUCCAGUCAGAUGCGUUAUCAAACAACAUGGUUACAGUCAGAACAAGAUCCAGUCAGAGCUUCAACCCAGUCAGGCCUCUGACUCAGUCAGGUUUGGCUGAUGUUGAGCUGGCACUAGUUGUGGAAAAACAUGUUCUUGAAUCUGGAUCCAUAGACACUGUUGGAACUAUUGGUAUACUGGAGUUGUAUCCUGGAGCAAUCAACAGCAUCCCUAGCAAAGCACGCAUGGAAAUAGAUACACGAGACGUUGAUGAAAAGCGAAGAAAUAAUGUGAUUGAAAAAAAAUCCAUGAAUCUUCUCUUUUUUUUUUUUGCUAUCUUCUCUCCUUUUUGUUGUUCUUUGGGAUUUACACAGCUCCGGUUUCAAAUGGAAGUCUCUGAAAAACAAGAAAUUGCAAAAUUGGGGUAUGACAUUCCUGUUAUCUAUGAACUUGGUAAUUUGGAGGUUAAAAUAUAUGCAAGUGAGCUGUAUACCGGAGCCAGCAGAACUCCCGCCAGCUGCUGGAGUUUCACCACUGCUAGGUCUGCUAGCUGCUCAGCCCCCGCCAGCUGCAGUUCUUCCUCCAAGUGGACCAAAUUCAAACCCUUUGGAUCUCUUCCCUCAGGACUUCCUGACAUGGAUGCAAAUGGUCCUGCUGAUGCUGCUGUUUCAAGCACUUCGAGCCAUGGUGCAACUGUGCUUUCUGGAAAUAGAAACUUUGAAGGGCGUGUUCACCCACUAACAGGAGCCAACUACCUAGCUUCACCUCCCUUGGUUGUAGCUUACGUACUUGUCGGCACGUUAUGUGGUAGUAAUCCUUCUGAGGGGGUGUUUUUUGGGCUGCUUCUUUCAAUGUCAUUAACAACAGUGGUUUUGAAGUUUUUGAUGGAAAAGACUAGUGUUAAUGCUCUUCAUAGAAAAGUAUGUUGGUAUUUUAGGAAAUUUGGCUAA